AUCAGUUCUCCUCAUGCCGUUCAAGUUGUCGGCGACACUCUCAUCUCACAAGUCUGACGUCCGAGCUGUUGCAUCCCCAACAGACAAUCUUGUCCUCUCAGCUUCACGCGAUUCCACUGCGAUCGCAUGGAUUAGAGACCCAGCACACUCGUUCUCACCCGCAUCCGUUUUCCGUGCAGGAGAACGGUUCGUCAAUUCAGUGACUCACCUACCACCGACCGCAGAAGCCCCGCACGGAUUUGUUGUCACUGGCGGCCAGGAUGCUAUAAUCAAUGUCUGGGCCCUUGAGGGGAACAGUGAAGAGCCCAAGUAUUCCCUGCUCGGCCAUACAGAUAAUGUGUGUGCCUUGCAUGCAAGCGUAGAUGGGAGAAUUAUAUCUGGGUCAUGGGAUAGAACCGCCAAGGUCUGGAAAAGCUUUCAGUUGGCCUAUGACUUGUCUGGGCACACACAGUCAGUGUGGGCCGUUCUAGUUGUCGAUGAUGAUCAGUAUUUGACCGGCUCGGCCGACAAAACCAUUAAGCUAUGGCAGCAGCACAAAUGCCUAAGAACGUAUCAUGGCCACAAAGAUGCUGUACGCAGCAUCGCAUUGGUGACUGACAUAGGUUUCGCCUCAGCUUCCAAUGACAGUGAGAUCUGCAUAUGGACAUUAGAAGGUGACAUUGUUCAUUCCCUGUCGGCGCAUACAUCCUUUGUGUAUAGCCUGGCCGUCCUCCCCAGUGGAGAUCUCGUCUCCGGCGGCGAGGAUCGCUCUGUUCGUGUGUGGCGUGAUGGCGAAUGCGCACAGACAAUCGUUCACCCGGCUAUCUCGGUAUGGUCAGUGUCAGCAAUGCCCAAUGGCGACAUUGUCACAGGAAGCAGCGACGGCGUGGUCCGUAUCUUUAGCGAAUCCAAAGAACGCUGGGCUUCCACCGAGGAUCUCAAGGCAUUUGACGACCAAGUCGCGAGUCAGGCCCUUCCAUCGCAACAAGUAGGCGAUGUCAAGAAAUCAGACUUGCUGGGGACAGAAGCCUUGUCUGAACCAGGCAAGAAACCCGGAGAGGUCAAAAUGGUAAGAAACGGCGCCAUUGUCGAAGCUCAUCAGUGGGAUGCCGCAAGCCGCAACUGGCAAAAGAUCGGCGAGGUUGUUGAUGCAGUAGGAUCCGGUCGAAAACAACUCCACGAAGGCAAAGAAUAUGAUUACGUAUUCGAUGUCGACAUACAAGAUGGUGUUCCUCCACUCAAGCUACCUUACAACGCAAAUGAAAAUCCAUAUGUGGCAGCCCAACGCUUUUUGGAAAGCAACGACCUACCAACGACCUAUGUUGAUCAAGUUGUGCAAUUCAUCGAGAAGAAUACAUCGGGGGUAAAUCUGGGGUCAAGCGAGGAGUUUGUAGAUCCAUAUACCGGCGCAUCGCGUUAUAGGGGCUCUGGGCCAUCGGCUCAACCCGCUGCUUCUACGUAUUCGGAUCCCUACACUGGUGCUUCGCGCUAUAUCGGCAAUGCGACGCCCUCCGCGCCGUCCUCGGCGCCCUCUUCAGGGGAUCCAUUUACUGGUGCCUCAAGAUACGUGAAUACUCCCCCAUCUCAGCCCUCGUUCUCUGCUUCGCCAUCAAAGUCCAUCAUUCCCGUGUCGAAAGUCCUCUCUUUCAAGCAAGCAAAUGUGGCUGCUAUGCAGGGAAAGCUAUACCAAUUUGACGAAGCUCUACGGCAUGAGAUCUCGACAUCAUCUUUAGCUCUCUAUCCUGAAGAGAAUAGCUGCAUAGAACAAACAUUUGCUUACCUCUCGCACGCUGCUGCGGGAACCACACCCGAAGUCACGCUUACGCGCUCCGAUGUCGACACUAUCUCUCAGGUCCUCGAUCGAUGGCCAACAGCUCAGUUGUUCCCAGUACUCGACCUGGCUCGUUUACUCAGCGGAUAUUGUCCGAAGUUGGUCGGAAGCGAUGAAACUAGAACAACGUUUUUCAAUGCCUUGUUUAAGGCCUCCGGUUGGAUCGAGGAUUGGUCGACGCCUUUAUCCAAGACUAAGGAGAUCAAUAUUCUCCUCUUUCUGCGCACACUGGCAAAUGCGUUCCAGGACAAAGCAUCCGUGGGAGAUAGCACUCAUGUGACAAAUAUCUUCGAGGCUCUGAGCCAUGCGUCGUACGAAGUAUUGACCAAGACCCAGCGCGUUGCGCUUGCCACUAUUCUGUUCAACUUCUCCUGCAUUGCAUUACAGGGGCGUGUGGACCCGACGCUUCGAAGAACACAUCUCCGGCUGACUGACCAAACCUUGCGCCUGGAGCGGAUCGAUGGAGAGGCUGUAUAUCGCAGCCUGGUCGGUCUGGGAAAUAUGCUCUACGCCGCACAAACCCAGGUGUAUCCUCUCGAAGCCGUACAGGCAAGCGAGCUCAAGAACACUGUCAGCGCACUUCCUGCUGUUUUCUCGGAGGAGCGGAUCAAGGCAGUAGCAGGGGAGGUCCUUGCGCUGUUGUAAGCUCGGCUCUCGGCCUCGUUUCGCCGCUCAUGCGCAUACGUUAUCGUUAUGCGAUCGCUCAUAGAACAUGUAUUGUGGGGUCCACACGGUGAAGAUUAGGAUGAGGGUGUUGACGAUAUCCAUACAUGUAACAAUAUCCAAACAUGUAUCGCUCGAUGGUUUUACAGUAACUUUUGUAGACGGUAACAGCAGGGUUUGGGAUUAAGGUUCAAUAUAUACUGGUGUUCACGGACCUUCAAUAGUA